UUUUAUUUCUUUUAUAUUUUCUAUCUAUCAGAGUUGUUGCGGCUGGUUUGGAGAUUUUAAAAGAUAACAAAUGGAUCUGCAUGAAACGUGGUGGAAAUAAUCAUUUUAUUAUCAGUGGUCUCGGUCAAAUCAACUUCCCUAUAAAAGUGAGGUUAACGAGUAUUUCCAACGAACAACUCGAAACUACCAUUGACAAAUUGGAGAAUGAUGUUGAUAUCCCUUCCAAGAUUCAGUUUUCUGGAUUCACGGCUGAUGCAAGUCCUSAGGAUAUAAAAUGCUACGGUCAGGGGGGAGUCACCCAAGAUGCGAAGUCAACGCCGUCUGGCCAAAUUCCAAAAAAUGAAACAUCAGUCUCGCCAACCAAUAAGCCAGAGGAAGAGAAGACAACAGCAUCUACAUCUGCCCCAUCCACUGGAAGUGGAACUGCUACAAACAGCCCUUCACAAACACCAACAACACCACCGGCAUCUUCAUCUCAACCUGAAAGCACUACACAGAAACCUGGAAAGGGAACCACUACACAGGGAACCACAACGCAGAAACCUGGCGUAACUACGUAUACGCCAAAACCACCAGUAACACCAACUACUUCUCCAAGCGGGAAACCAACUACAUCGCCAAGGUUCUGCAUUGGGAAAAGGGAUGGCCAUUACCCAGAUAAAUUAAAGCCCUCAGGAUUUAUCAUUUGUGCCAAUGAAAGAACCUUUAAGAUGAAUUGCCCAAAAGGUCUCUUGUAUAAUGAAGAAAUACAAGUAUGUGAUUGGCCGAGAAACGUUAACAAGUCUUAAUAGUCGGCGUAAUAUGGAUAGCUAGAUAAAUGGUAAAAACGUUUCAUAUAUCUGAAACUCCAAAAGUCUAGCUAGCAUGAAUAAAUAUGGUUUAAUAGAUAAAUAAACAAAGGUAAAAAUGGUGAAAUAAAUAAACACAUAA